AUGACGCAGGAGGACGUCCCCGAGGCCGCGGCCGACCCCGUCGCGGCCGAUCUCGAGGAGAUCCUCGGCGCGCUCGACGCGUCGCUCUCGCGGCGGCCGCCUCGCGUCCCCGACGCCCCCGCGCCCGACCCGGGCGUCACCGCCGAGCUAGAGGCGAUGCUGACCGAGCUCGAGAAGAAGGAGGACGCGGCGCGCGCGCUUCCCGCGGAGGAGGAGGCGGAGCUCUACGAUUACCAAGACGAGCCGGACGAGUCCAUCUCGAACGCGGAGAUCGCGGAGGCGCUGUCGAAGACGACGCGGCGCCACCGGAACCGUCGUCUCACGUCGGAGGGCGUCCGACGCACGCUCAGGAACGGCCGGACGCUGUGUCAGAAGCUCGCGCUCGACGGCGUGUGGCGCGACGACGUCGGCGGCGCGCUGCGACCGGACGUCCUCGGCAGGGCGGGCAUGCUGCGCGCGUCGUUCGGCUCGGUGAACGGGUUCAGGGCGUGGAUCCGGCGUUUAGGCGAGGGGACGAGAGAGACGAGCGCGAUGUUGUACGACGCGAGUCCGAUGGAGAUGGAGUGGUGGGUGCGAUGCGGAACGACGGAGGAGGAGAAGCUUCCGGCGGGCGUCGCGGAGAUGAGCGACGAGCGUCUGAGGGACGUCGGCGCGGUGGACGAGGCGGAGAGGGAUCGGCGCAGGAAUCCGUUCCUGUAG